UUUCUUCUUCCGUAAUCAAUCCUACCUCGUUCCCAUUUUUACCUAGUCCGUCUCACGUGUCACCAAACAACCAGUCAAGCAGCCAGGCAGGCAGCAGCAAACCGCAUCGCCACUGAACCGCAAAUCGAGAUCGACAGUACACAUUCUCACUCAGCUGCAGAUCAAGAUCGGCACCACAGCGCCCAAGGCCCCCCUUACUACGUAAUUACAGCCCACCGCUCUUCCAACCACUGCAGAUCAAUCCUUAAACCCAAACAGAUCCGACCACCGACCCCACCAUCCCCGUCCCCUCACUACCCGACCAGCAAACGCAAUGCCGCAAACAAUGUACAACCGCCCCUGGCCGCGCUGGCUCGCCCUCGCCGUCGCCCUCCCGCUCACAGCCCUCGUCAUCGCCCUGGCCGUGACGCGCGGCCCGAGCUCGCCCGCCACGUGGAUCGUACUCGGCGUCGAGGCCUUCGCGCUCGUGGCCCUGACGGUUCUCGACCCGGAGGUGACGAUCGAGAGCCGCAGGGCGUUGCCGGAUGGGAGGGUGGUGACGGUGCGGAGACCGAUUGUCGGGUUCAAGAAGUUGGAGAGGAGGGUCGGUGUUUCGGGGGGGUAUGAGGUGAGGGUUGAUGGGUUUAGGUAUGAGGAGGCUUAUUUGAGGAUUUGAGGGGGUGGUUGGGUUGAGGGGGGUUUGGCACAAAGUUGGGGGAGGUUCGUUUUGUUUGCCUUCGUUUCGUCUGCUA